AUGUCUGGAAUUCUGAUUGUUGCUUUCCUUCAUUUCAUCCAAAUGUUCGCUUAUGGAGAUCCCAAUGUCUUUUUAAUACACAAUAUAAAUCAUAAUCGGUGUGUGAUAGCUAAAACUGCAAAAUCAGUGGUGACAGGUACUUGUGAUCCGAAUGCAGAGUCACAGCAGUUUAAGUGGGUCUCCAGUAAGAGACUUAUGAGCAUGAAAUUCAAACUCUGCCUUGGAGUUCCUGAAAAGAAGGACUGGGUGCCAGUCACCCUCUACCCCUGCAGUGAUAAAAGUGAUCUUCAAAAAUGGGUAUGCAAGAAUGAUACACUGUUUUCCAUCGAAGAUGCUGAUCUCUAUUUCAACUAUGGGAAUCGAAACGAGCAAAAUAUAAUGCUCUACAAAGGAUCAGGACAUUGGAGCAGGUGGAGAGUGCAUGGCAAUGCAAAUGAUAUCUGUUCAGUAAUCUAUGAAGACAAAUUUACCAUACAUGGCAAUUCGAAUGCGCAGCCAUGUGUGUUCCCUUUUAAGUUCCACAAUAAAACGUAUGCUGACUGCACGAUGGAUGGAAGAAAGGAUGGUUUGCUUUGGUGUGCCACAAGCUCAGAUUACAAAGAUGGCAAAUGGGGAUUCUGUCCUGAAAAUACUGUAAAUUGCAAUAAUUUGUGGAAUAAAGACCCCUUAACAGGCAUCUGUUACCUGAUUAACUUCAAUUCAGCUUUGACGUGGCAUGAAGCAAGAAAGAGCUGUCAACAGCAAAGCUCAGAUUUACUGAGUGUGGUGGAGCUCCAUGAUCAGACAUACCUAACAGGAUUUAUGAGCGGUAAGUCUCUAUCGAUGUGGAUUGGACUGAAUAAGCUGAAUACUGAUGGUCGCUGGCAGUGGAGUAAUAACAAUCCUUUCAGAUACUUGAACUGGGCUCCUGGGCAACCGAAUUUUGAGGCCGCUUCCAAGUGUGUAGCCAUGGAUUCAGCGAGAGGAUCAAAGUGGGAAAGCAAAUUGUGUUCCAAGAAACUGGCAUAUAUUUGUCAAAAGAAUAAUGCAAAAACUAGUUCUCCUGCUAUCCCGGUGACUGAAGUGCCAAUUUCUUGCCCAACGGGAUGGCUGCCGUUUGCAGGUUAUUGCUAUAUUCUUCAGAGAGAACAAAAGACGUGGCAGCAGUCUUUAACAGCGUGCCGAAAGGAGGAAGGGGACCUAGCAAGUAUCCAUAACAUUGAGGAGUAUAGCUUUCUGAUUAGCCAGCUCGGAUACCUACCUACUGAUGAGCUGUGGAUUGGAAUGAAUGAUAUUAAAAAUCAGAUGCUGUUCGAAUGGUCAGAUGGAUCUCCAGUAACAUAUACUAUAUGGGAGCAUGAUGAACCAAGUCAUUUUAGUAACAAAUAUGAGGACUGUGUGCUUAUGAGGACAAAGGAUGGAUACUGGGCAGAUCAGGUGUGCGAAAAAGAGCAUGGAUAUAUCUGCAAACUCAAGCCUCUUGCAAAGGUUCCAGGAAAUGAGCAGGAGAUCCUUGCAGAGGAAGGGUGUCCAAUGGGCUGGAAGAAAUAUGGGCUUCACUGCUAUUUGACCGGGCAGUCUGAGAAGACUUUCAAUGACGCAAACAAAGCAUGCCAGAGUCAAGAUUCUUUCCUUGUUAAUGUUGAAGACAGGUACGAGCAAGCUUUUCUGACAAGUUUAAUUGGUUUCCGAACUGAGAAAUAUUUCUGGGUCGGCGUGCAAUCUGACCUAAAGACAAGGGGCAGCUUCAAGUCAACGAAUGGAGAGGCGAUCAUGUUCACUCACUGGAAUGCUGAGAUGCCAGGGAGGAGCGUUGGUUGUGUUGCCAUGGCAACUGGCAGUGCUGCUGGAUUAUGGGAUGUUUACAAUUGUGCGAACAAGGCAAAGUAUAUCUGCAAACGAUGGCAAAUUGGAAUAACACCCACUCCAUUUAUAUCCACCACCCCCGCCCCAAAAUGUUCAGGAAACUGGGAAACGUACCAAAACUCCAGAUACUGCUACAAGAUAUUUGAAAAAUCUCAAAUUGAAAAGAAGUCUUGGUUUGAUGCUCGGGAUUACUGCCAAGCCAUUGGAGGGAAUCUUGCCAGCAUCAGUGAUGUCUCGGAGGAUGAGUUUCUCCAGAAUAAAAUAGAGUCAAGAAGGAGCCAUCAGUCAUUUUGGAUUGGGCUGAAUAAACCUGACCCGAAUGGUGGAUUUGUAUGGAGUGAUGGCAGCCCAGUAAUUUAUGAGAAAUGGAACCAAGGAGAGCCCAACAAUUACCGUGGACUUGAGAACUGUGUUGAGGCACGUCUCAGUGGAAUCUUGCAAUGGAACGACAACCAUUGUGAAACCUAUCAGAGCUGGAUUUGCAAAAUUAGAAAAGGAAAUCCUGUGAAGCCAGAUCCUACAAUUGCAGCUUCAGAGAAGAUUGAAACAACAGAAGAUGGCUGGAUUGUGUUUCAUGAUUCUCAGUAUUACAUUAACCACUAUUCAAUGUCGUGGGAUGAAGCCAGGACAUACUGCAAGAAGCAACAAGGAGAUCUUGUGAUCAUCAGUAGUGCUUCCGAAAGAAAUUUUUUGUGGAAACAGAUUGCCAAGAAUGCCAACAAUCAAUAUUUCAUUGGCUUGGUUGUGGAUCUUGAUAAAAGUUUUCAGUGGAUUGAUGGCUCUCCAAUGGAUUAUGUAGCCUGGGCGCACCACGAACCUAAUUUUGCAAAUAAUGAUGAAAACUGUGUAACCAUGUACACAAAUCUUGGAUUCUGGAAUGAUAUGAAUUGUGGUAAUCAAUUCCCUUUUAUAUGUGAAAGAAGUAACAGUUCAACAAGACCAACAUAUGUUUCCACAUUACCGCCUGGACCAGGGGGAUGUCCUAUUGGCUGGGUUCCUUUUGGAAAGAAGUGUUUCAUAUUUUACGGUGAAGAUAAAGUACACAAAUUGCCUUGGCAUGGUGCGAGAGAUAUUUGUAUACUUAAAGGAGGGAAUCUGGCAACAAUUGAAAGUGAUUAUGAACAAGCAUUUGCUACCAUGUCCCUGAAUGGCUUUCCUACAAAUGUGUGGAUUGGAUUAAAUGAUAUUAACAGUGAGAACAAAUUUACUUGGACCAAUGGAAAACCGAUGAUCUACACCAAUUGGGCCAAGGGUUUUCCGUCAGGAAGCAGUUUCACAUUUCGCAGCCAGAAUGCUGACUGUGUCUGGCUGAGUAUAAACAAAAAAAAUGAAGAAGGAUGCUGGGUAGAUAACGACUGUAGUUUAAAACGGGGCUUUGUAUGCCAGAAGGACAAAGAUCGUGCGUUGACUUUGGGGCCAACAACUGUGCCAGAGCCAACAUAUAUUGAGUAUGACAAUAGUACCUACAAAAUAAUCCAAGUGAAGCUUAAAUGGCAAGAUGCCCGGAAGGUUUGUGAGGCAGAGCAAGCCCAGCUUGUUAGUAUCAGGAAUGGUUUCGCAAAUGCCUUCCUAAUGUUGCAAGCCAGAAAACUCGACACAAAAUUGUGGAUCGGAUUAAAUGGUAAUGAGACGGCAAGAGAGUUCAGGUGGAUUGAUGGGUGGAAACUGCGCUUUUCAAAGUGGGCUGUUGGAGAACCCAAAAAUAAUUACGAUUGUAUCAUCAUCAAUCAGAACGGAUUCUGGGAAACUGCAGAGUGUGAUGAUGAAUAUUGGGCUAUUUGCAAAAGAUCUUCAGAGCUGCCACCAACUGAUGCCCCUCAACUCCCAGGAAAGUGCCCUGAAUCAACGAAUACUAAAAUGUGGAUUCCAUUCCGUGGCCACUGCUAUUUGUUCGAAACAAUGUUUUCAAAAAACUGGGCAUCUGCCAGCCUCGAAUGCAUCCGUCAAGGUUCUUCAUUAAUCAGUAUUACGGAUCCUGUGGAAAAUACCUUUAUAGAACAUACACUAGAAAUCAUGUCUGACAGGACGAGCCAGCUCUGGAUAGGAAUGUAUUUGAAUAUUAAAGGCGAAUGGUUGUGGUUGGACAACAGUGUGGUGGAUUUUGUGAACUGGAACCGUGGAGAACCUUCAAACCAUAAAAAUGAGGUCUGUGUUGAAAUAUACUCAAACACAGGUUAUUGGAACAAUAUCCCUUGCACUAUGUUCAAAGGCUACAUUUGCAAAAGGCCAAAAAUAAUUGAACUAACAGAAGCACCUUCACAGACAGAAGUUCUAGAGCAGAAGCAGCUGCCGAAGCACAGUGUUGCAGGGAUUGUGGUGGUGCUGACUAUUGUCUGCAUCAUCGGUUUUCUACUCACUGUCUACUUUAUCCGGAAACAGAAGCAGAAGGCUCCACAAGCGGACACAAACUUUGACAAUACUCUUUACUUCAACACGGAGAGCGCUGUUGGACCCGGUGAUAUGAAAUCUCUCGUGACAAAUAUAGAACAAAAUGAGCAAGGUUCUAUGUAGUUUGCAAAAAUGUUUUAAAAAUAUACUGGAGUAAAGUUAUAAAAUUUAUAUGCAGUUGGACUGGAAUUAAUUUUUAGCUGCAGGUGUAUUCAGCUAAAGCACUAUUUCCCUGCAAGAUUUUGCACUGGAGCCCACAAAUAACUAAAUGUUAUGACUACUAUUAUGCCAAUUCAAGGUUUUAGUAUCAAUAUCACCGAUUCUUCAGUAUUACUACUAUUGCAAUCAAUAUAUUCAAAAAGUUGUAAAUAGGAAACAUAUGAUACCAGAUAGGAUCAUAUUUACGAAAUAAGAGGAGUGGGCUUUACUUUCAUUAACUGCUGAAUGAUUGAUCAAAGUCCUAUGAUAUGCAAUAUAGUGCUAUUAAAAGCCCAACCCAUGAGUAAAGAGAAUGAAAUUGAAACAAAGAUCUAUUCAAUUCUUCAAUAGUCUGUUAUUUUAGUUUUAGAAGCAAAUAUGGUCCUUUUUUUAAAUCAACAACAGCAAACAUACAUUUAGUUUGUAUAUAAUCCUCUAACAAUAUACCUAUGGCAGACUGUGAUACCAGACAGAUUAGGUGGGGGUCACAGCUACAGAAUAGAUUAUAUUACCAACAACAACUUGUAUUUGUAUAGUAUCCCAGAGCACUUAAAGGAAGGGGGGUUUGAGCUAGGACAAUGAAUUUCUACAAUAAUAAUAAUAAUAAUCCUUGCAUUUGAUAUAGCGCUUUUCACGUCGGGAGGACGUCCCAAAGCGCUUCACAGAACACACUGUAAAGUGAAUUGACUGUAUAUUUGUGGGCGAAUGUGGCAGCCAAUUGCGCACAGCAAUGUUCCACAAACAGUCGUAGAUUGAAAAUGACCAAUUUAUUAUUUUUUUUUGGUUUGGGAGGGAUUAUUAGGCGUGUGGAGUAAGGAAACUUGCCCAAGGUUUCGCCCUGCCUGGAAUUGAACUCAGGUUUCUCACUUGCAAAACGAGUGCUCUAACCACUGAGCUACAGGACUCCAUAAGAGGCCAAUCGCUUAAUGCUUUCAAGAUGAGAUCAAAUGGACUAAAGGGCUUUCGUUACCUAAAACUAUACCACAAGAGAGGUUCAGAUGGAGAAAACCUUUCACCUCAUUUGAUGUCAUCCAUCUAGAAUACCAACCAUAUUAUCUUCCCAUUAUAAUAUCCAGUUGUUUUCUAAAUUAUUCAAGUAUCUGGCUCUCGUCAACCUUCCUGAUAAAACUGUUCCACUUAUUACAUACGUGAAGAAAUACUUUCCACGGUUGCCUUACAAUUGCUCUUUACAACCCUGCACUAUGACCAUUUGCCCUGUAUCUGAUCUUGUGAAAAUAAUUAAUCAAUUAAAUGGAGAUAAGGUGUAUUCUACAAUAUAUAUGAAAUACUACGCUUUUUACAUUACUGAAUGGAUUGAAGUAAUAUUUUGUUUCAAUGUGCACAGAUGUAUAGAAAUUCUGCCAUUAAAAUAUACAUACAGUAUUUUGACAGCCAUGAAUUAAAUAAAUACCAAUCUAAUUAUUUCA